UAGUAGAACAGGUAGGUGACAAGGAGGAGCAGGUGAUCGGCAGUGGCAGGGGCCACCUGGGCAGGAGCAGAGCUGGGCAUCGGGAAGCAGAAUGUCAAACAAGGGUGCGACCAAGUGUGAAGGCUCGGAUCCCACGCCAGGGACUGACCCCUUUGAGGACAUGGUGCGGCGGCUUCGGGGGGCCUUCAACUUGGGGCAGACUCGGCCUGCCGCGUUCCGGAUGGCGCAGCUGGAGGGCUUGGGCCGCUUCCUGCGGGAAAAUAAGCAGCUGCUGCACGAUGGGCUGUUCCAGGACCCGCAGAAGUCACCCUUUGACUCAGACACAUCUGAGAUUAUUCUAUGCCAGAAUGAGGUGGACCUGGCCAUCAAGAACCUGCAGACCUGGAUGAAGGACAAACCAGCAGACACAAACUUGCUCACAAAGCUGGACUGUGCCUUCACCCGGAAGGAGCCCUUUGGCCUUGUGCUCAUCAUCAGCCCCUGGAACUACCCUGUGAACCUAACCUUGGUACCCCUGGUGGGGGCCAUUGCAGCAGGGAACUGCGUGAUACUGAAGCCAUCAGAAAUAAGCAAGGGGACAGAGAAGGUGCUGGCCGAGGAACUGCCCCAGUACCUGGACCAGAACUGCUUUGCUGUGGCACUGGGUGGGCCCGAGGAGACCCAGAAGUUGCUGGAGCACAAAUUUGACUACAUUUUCUUCACAGGGAGCUCCCGUGUCGGCAAGAUUAUCAUGACUGCUGCUGCCAAGCACCUGACGCCUGUCACCCUGGAACUGGGGGGCAAGAACCCCUGCUAUGUGGAUGACAACUGUGACCCCCAGACCGUGGCCAACCGUCUGGCUUGGUUCCGCUACUUCAACACCGGCCAGACCUGUGUGGCCCCUGAUUAUGUCCUGUGCAGCCCAGAGACGAGGGAGCGGCUGGUGCCUGCCUUGCAGAAUGCCAUCACUCGUUUCUAUGGUGACGACCCCCAGAAUUCCCCCAACCUGGGCCGCAUCAUCAGUGAGAAACACUUCAAGCGGCUUAAGGGACUGCUGAGCUGUGGCCGCGUGGCCAUCGGUGGUCAGAGUGACGAGAACAAUCUCUACAUCGCACCCACAGUGCUGGUAGACGUGCAGGAGACAGAUAAGGUGAUGCAGGAGGAGAUCUUUGGGCCCAUCCUGCCCCUGAUGACUGUGAGCAGCCUGGACGAAGCCAUCGACUUCAUCAACCGUCAGGAGAAGCCACUGGCCCUGUAUGCCUUCUCUAACAACAGCCAGGUAGUGAAGCAGGUUCUGGACCAGACCAGCAGCGGUAACUUUGGAGGCAACAGUGGCUUCCUGUACAUGACUCUGCCAGGCCUGCCAUUUGGAGGAGUCGGUAAAAGUGGGAUGGGCAGGUACCACGGCAAGUUCUCCUUUGACACUUUCUCCAACCACCGUGCCUGUCUGAUCUCUCCCUCGGGCCUGGAGAAGCUCAACGAGAUCCGCUACCCGCCCUACAGUUCCCAGGCCCAGAAGCUACUGAGGUGGGCCAUGAGGUCCCAUAGCUGCACCCUUCUGUGACAGCCUGCCCAUCUCUAGCACCCACCCCCUGGUGGUGCUGCUGGUGACUGCCAAGCCCCUGGAAUGCCCAGUGCUGCCAACUGCUGUCUACCUUCUCAGUGGUCCCUGAAGACAAGUUCCAGCCCAGUCCAUGAAGAUCCCACUCCAGCGCCUUUUUCUGAACAGACCUCCAGCUUGAAGGACCUCUGGGUGGCUGGUCCACAGGACUGUCUGUACCACAGUCCCUUCUGCAGCCUCUUGUCCCUCUGCUUAGAUAGGUAAUUCCUGUACCCCAAAGUUUGCAAGUAUCUGUAGCUAGAGAAGACUAUAAAUAGAUGUAUAAAUGGAAUCCCACAAGGCAGAACAAUUGCUGACAGCUCCUUGCACACCUGAGGAUGGGCAGGCCUGACCUAUGGGAGACCACUAUGAAGCAGCUCUGAGCAGGAUUUACAUUUUGCUAACUGGCUUUCUAUGUUUAUCUGUGAGUCUGUCCUAGGCCUAGGCCCUUGCCUGGCAAUGGGAGCUGAUUCAUAGUGAGUAAAUCUUUAUGAAUCACUGGUUCUGGCUGAGGCCUGUAGUGGCCUGUGAGGCCAGAGAUACCUCAAAGGGCAAGAUAAGGCCACAGCUGCAGACACUUGGCUCCAACCCCAAUUAACAAGGUAGAGACUGCAGCUGCAGGAAUUAUUCUUACAGUCUCAAUCCUACCAUAAAUGUCAUCUUCGAGAUAAGAUGAUUCUCCUAAAUUGGCAUAAUUUACUACUUGGAGAUGUCCUUGAAGUGACUCCGAAGGUCCUGCUCAUUUCCCAUGCUUUCCUCAGUUUCCCCACCUUUUGUCCUUGGUCCUAAUAAAAAUGGGCUGGUCCAGAGAAGUCUUUGUCUUAGCCCUCAGAGUCUUGAGCUCAGCUAAAGGGUUUUGACCCUCCUGGAGCCCGAAAGCCGUACAA